AUGAGAAAUCACACACUACUGACUGGCUUCAUUCUACUGGGGAUUCCUCAGACAGAAGGACUGGAAACUCUGCUAUUUGCCAUGUUCUCACUCAUCUACUUCUUCACUUUGCUUGGAAAUUUGCUCAUCUUUAUUGCAAUUGUGUUUUCAUCUACCCUUCAUACCCCAAUGUAUUUCUUCCUGGGACUUCUCUCCAUGUUUGAUAUGUUGUUCCCAUCAGUUACUUGUCCCAAGAUGCUGCUUUAUCUGUCUGGCCAGAGCCGAGCCAUCUCUUAUAAGGGAUGUGCUGCCCAGCUCUUCUUCUAUCAUCUUCUAGGUUCUACUGAAGGUUGCAUCUAUUCUGUGAUGGCCUAUGAUCGUUACGUGGCCAUCUGUCACCCUCUGAGAUACAUGCUCAUUAUGAAACCUGGAGUGUGUGUGAGCUUGGUCACAGUAGCCUGGGUGGUAGGGAGUCUUCAUGCUAGCAUCCUAACAUCCUUUACUUUUCAAUUAACAUACUGUGGGCCCAAUCAGGUGGAUUACUUCUUUUGUGACCUUCCUGCUGUCUUGCCCCUGUCUUGUACUGACAGUACCCUGGCCCAGAGAGUGGGUUCCAUUAAUGUCGGCUUUCUGGCUCUCAUGCUUCUGUUCAGUGUUUGUGUCUCCUAUGCUCACAUCGGGAUUGCCAUUCUGAGAAUCCGUUCAGCAGAGGGCAGGCAGAAAGCAUUCUCCACCUGCAGCGCCCACCUCACUGCAAUUCUCUGUGCCUAUGGACCUGUCAUCAUUAUCUACCUGCAACGCACACCCAACCCCCUGCUUGGUGCCAUUGUGCAAAUAUUAAAUAACAUUGUCUCCCCCAUGCUGAACUCCUUAAUCUAUUCCCUGAGAAACAAGGAAGUGAAAAGGUCCUUAAGAAAGGUGUUUCACAGUAUAAUCCUUGCUGUUCAGAAAUGA